UUUAAUUCUCUCUUAACAAACCCUGGGCUUAUAGCUCAAUGGUUAUGGAAAUGAGGGAAGACUUUUGACCGAAAGGUCUCAAGUUCGAUUCCUGAUCCACCCGGGUUUUACCGGCUUUGCAUUGUCGUGCCCUCGGGCGGGUGCAGGGUCGGGUUUUCCCCGGAACUGGUGGCAUGGUGGGCUAGGGGCUCCGUGCGUGCAGGUUGGGCUGCCGCGGGCUACCUUUCGGCCAAUGGGUGCCGCGUACGGAGUACCCGGCGAUUCUUAUGUUGGACGUUCAAAAAAAAUUCUCUCUUAACAGUACAGCAGCAUCCAUUAUAAAAAGCACAUAUUCCAUUCUCUUGUUUUCUUUUCCAACUACAAUCGAUUCAUAACGUUUCUUAACACCACCAUGGAGCCCAACAACAACCACCAAUCCCCACCACAAACCACCACCACAGCCGCCAAAAAGUUGAAAAACAAUCUAGUUUUCCGGUCAAAAUGGGCUGAAGUCAACGGUGCAAUGGGUGACUUAGGUACAUACAUACCAAUAGUUCUAGCACUGACACUUGCUAGUGACCUUGAUUUAGGUACAACGUUAAUAUUCACAGGAGUAUACAAUUUUCUAACCGGUGCAAUCUAUGGUGUCCCCAUGCCAGUCCAACCCAUGAAGUCAAUAGCUGCAGUGGCCAUAUCCGACCCGGAUUUCGGGAUCCCGGAGGCCAUGGCGGCCGGUAUAUGCACCGGUGUCAUCCUGUUUGUUCUCGGUGUGACCGGGCUUAUGCGGCUGGCUUAUCGCCUCAUACCGUUACCAGUUGUUAGGGGGAUACAGUUGGCUCAAGGUCUAUCCUUUGCUAUGACCGCGGUUAAGUAUAUUCGAAAAGUUCAAGAUUUUUCCAAGUCGAAAGCCAAGGGGAAUCGAGAUUGGAUGGGUCUUGAUGGAUUGGUUUUGGCAAUUGUUUGUGUUUGUUUUAUUGUUAUUGUGAAUGGUGCAGGCGAUGAAGAUGAAAAUGAAAACGAAGAUGAUCAUCAUGAUCAAAAUGAUAAUUGUGUUGUAAAUGGAGAUGAUCAAGAAAGAAAAUGGAGAAAAAUUGUUGCAAGUUUACCAUCAGCAUUUAUGGUAUUUUUGUUAGGGGUAAUAUUGGCAAUAAUAAGAGAGCCCAAAGUGAUCAAAGGGUUUAAAUUUGGGCCAUCUAGUAUGCAAGUUGUUAAAAUUUCCAAAAGUGCUUGGAAGAGAGGGUUUGUCAAGGGUACAAUUCCACAACUACCCUUGUCGAUUCUCAACUCGGUUAUCGCGGUAUGCAAGUUAUCGACCGAUCUUUUUCCGGAGAAAAGUGUGACGGUGACCUCGGUUUCCGUGACGGUCGGGUUGAUGAACCUAACCGGAUGUUGGUUCGGUGCAAUGCCGUGUUGUCAUGGGGCGGGUGGGCUGGCUGGUCAGUAUAAGUUUGGGGGGAGGAGUGGGGGGUGUGUGGCCUUACUUGGUGCAACCAAAUUGGUACUAGGGUUGGUACUAGGUGGAUCUAUAGUUAAGAUUUUGAGUGCAUUUCCGGUUGGGGUUUUAGGGGUUUUGUUGUUGUUUGCUGGUAUUGAACUAGCAAUGUGUGCUAGGGACAUGAAGUCGAAACAUGAGUCGUUUGUUGUGCUCGUUUGCACCGCGGUCUCACUUGUUGGCUCAAGUGCAGCACUAGGGUUCGUGACAGGCAUGGUAGCGCACUUGCUUCUUAGGCUUCGAAAACUGGGUGGCCCGAAAAGGGUCGGAUCCAUUUCGUCGUUUUGGAUGAAUAACCCAUAAGAAUCAUCAUCAUGUUGUUUAUAAAUUAUCGUUUGUGAUGAACCUAGUAAUGUUGAUGGUGUAAAAAGAACUAAGUUUUUAUGUAAAAGCUGAUUAUGAAAUAAGAAACGUGUUCAUGUUGUGUA